CUGAAGACUCUCCUAUUGUUGUUGCUACUCAUAACGACUACUUGGUUGGUCUUACAAACGAUAUUCGCUCUCGUACUAUUCCUUGGGAGGGUUAUCAACGUGCUGGUCUUAUUACUGAAACUGAACUCUCUCAAAUUCGUCAGUUUGAAAAAUCUCCAAGUGCUGCUCUGAAUCAAGCUGGUGAUGAUUACUUUAAUCUGUUCAUGACCUUGCUUGGGAAGCUUGUUCGUGCUGAUACUCUACAAAGUAUUAUAGUGCUUUUGGGUGAUGUUCUUCGUGAAUCACCAAGUUAUACUCAGCUUUUUUUUAAAGACGGAAAGAAACCUUUUGUUGUCUUGUUCAGACUGCUUAAAAAAGACGACGAGUUUGUUCAGCUGAAAUCAAUGAGUCUUUCCACUCAGCUAGUACUAAAAUAUGCUGAAACGCAUGCUCCUAUCGAUAUUACAGAUCUCUUAAACUGGAUCUUAUUCAAUCUGACAAACUCCAACGCCAAUAUUGUGGAUCAUGCAUCACAGUUUUUACAAGAAUUACUCUCGGUUGAGGAAUAUCGUCAGGCUUUCUAUGAUUUGCCUGGAGCAAUGGAGUCACUGGUUUCAGCCAUGCAAAAAACACCCAUCACUGCUCAGCUACAGUAUCAACUGGUUUACUGCAUUUGGCUCAUGACAUUCAUUGAAAAGAUUGCAAAGGAAAUUCAAAACAAAUACAAGAUUUUUCACAUUCUUGCAGACAUGUCGCGUGCUGCCAUCAAGGAAAAGGUGGUUCGUGUGGUGGUUUCUACAUUCCGAAAUCUGAUCAACAAAGCUCCCGAUGAAAAUAUCAUGGCUAUGCUGGGAACCAAGAUUCUUGGUCUUUGUGAAACACUCGCUACACGCAAGUACUCUGACAGUGAAAUCAACGAUGACUUGCGGUUUAUUGUAGAAGAGUUGACUCAAAAUGUGGCUUCUUUAACUACGUUUGAUGAGUAUGCCUCGGAAGUCCGCUCGGGGCGUUUGGAAUGGUCGCCACCCCAUCUCUCUGAGCAGUUUUGGAAAACCAAUGCUGUCAGGCUUCUUGAAUCCGAUUGUGAGCUUGUCAAAAUUCUUGCUUCCGUUUUGGCCACUUCAAAGGAUCACGACAUGCUUGCUAUUGCAGCACACGACAUUGGCCAGUUUGCCAAGUAUUGCUCUACUGGAAAACGAAUCAUCCAAGAACUCGGUGCCAAAACUCAAGUGAUGGAACUCAUGUCAAAUGAAAACGCCGAUGUUCGAUAUCAAGCUCUGCUUGCUGUUCAGAAAUUUAUGGCCAAUGCAUGGGAGGCUUAACGCUUGAAAAAUGAAUUUUCUUGAUCAGUACCAAAUACAUUUACUACUGAAUUUGC